AUGUCCAAGCCUGCGAAUUCUCCCACUUUAGUUGAAAGUUUAAACCUUUGUCAUACAGCAUAUUGGAUUCGCGACCCAAACUCGGGGAGAAGUUUGAUCGAUUGGGACAUAUACUUUAUCGAAACUAAUCCUGGAUGCACAAAAGAGGAAGCGCAUCGAUCCUUAAGUCUUGAACUUGGUAUCCUCCUUAAAAAUAUACCAAGAAGGAGUAAUCUUUUUGCCAAGGCGACCACCUUGAAAAAUGCUUUAGAGCGAGAAAUUCGAAGCGUUGCUAUACAAGAGGAAACGGAGCGAUAUAAAUCUGAACAGGAAUAUAUAAGUCAUAGGUUAGAGGGCCGAACUCGUGAAGAUCUCGAAAUCACUAGCAAUGAUUACGCUAGUGAGCCUAAUAUAACACCCAUUCAGGAAGAACCAUCACCAGGGACUGAUUAUUAUGAAUCGAUAAACAAAAAUGAUACGCAAAACGAUGGAUUUCGAACCCCCCCUCAUCAAAUUGUCAGUAACACAUACAACCCGGAAAUUUCAAUUGACGAAAAUAUACUAAGAAUGUCUGCUAUGAGUUUAGCCAAGCUGGAUGAAUCCAAGUACUUUGGAGAAUUUAUUCCGCAUUUUAUAAAAUAUAAAGAAUCCCAGCAAAAUAAUCCAUUUUCUUACACGAUUGAUGAUGUAAUGGAUAUUCGAGGGGAAGGCGGGUUUUCUAAAUUUUUGUCAUUUGAUGAUUACAUAAAAUUAUUAUCAAAAAAACCAAAGAGGAAUGUUGAAUUGCCAGAAGGUUGGCAUGAUAUUAUUGGAGAAACGACCGAAAGUGGGUCGAUUAAAAAUAUAUCAGACUGGAUCUGUAUUACAGAAGAGUUGGGAGUUGUAAAAGAGGAGGAUAAAGAGCUAAUAAAAAUAAAAAAAUAUUUGAAUCGAGUUAUGCUUCCAUUGAUCGAAUCAUUCUCAAAACCGGUCCCAGAUAUUAGUGCUCCAAACAGCAGUGAGCAUCAUUAUUGGUCAGAAUUUGGACAUCGUUUUUUCUCAAGGGCAUUACAAGAAUUUGUAGGUCUUGAUUGGAGGGCCAUGGAAGUUCCCGUACAGGCCUCGAAGUAUCGAAAAAAUUAUGGAUAUAAUCAUAUCUUAGACAGAGUAGUUGAUGGAAAAUCUGCGGACUUGUUGGCGUGGAUGUGGAAAACGGGUGAAGAAAUUUUUGUUGGAGAACAAGCCGGACCCCCCACUCAAUGUGAUUUAACAAAACUAGCAACCGAUUCUUUUAAAUUGUAUAGAGACAUGAGAGAUUGUUUAAAUGUUAGAAUUUUACGGGCCAUGGGAAAGGGUGACAUGAAUUACAAUAAUCGGUCUGUUUUCGGAAUAUUGGGUUAUCUCUUCGAAAUCAAAAUGCUUAUAAUGUGGAAAGAUGGAGUAUAUGUAUAUGAAGAAUAUGGAAGUUUAAACAUUGCUUCUAAUCCAAAUAUGAUUUCAGAGAUGAAAUCAGUAGAAACAAAAAAUAAUGUGACAACAGAAUAUGAUGCUGAUUCUGUACAGAUUUUGAAAAGGAAAUAUAAUGAAAUUAUUCAAACAAAGCCAUCACCUUCGAAAGUCAUGAAGAGAUAA